AUGUUGAAAGCCCUGAUGGGCGGGGGCCGCUCGUCGUCCUCAUCCGACGUUCGCAGCAGUUCUAAGAGCAGCCGGCGCAAGUCCGACAGACCUGACAAUUCUGACACAAGAUCGAUCUCAAGUCGCAAGUCCGCACGGGGUGACGACCGUGACUGCGGCCUGGGUGAUUUGUCGUCUUAUCCGUCUUCGGCUCCCCGCAGUAAGCGUGGCCCACUUAGCACCGCUGGCGACUCUAUCUCAACCUAUGUGACCGCCGAGACAGAACCCAUUGAUGACGCCGAUCGCGACUAUAUUGAACGCACACCCAAACGCAGAGACAGUGAACGAGAAAGCAAGAGUUCUCGUCAGCGCGACCAGGACCGAUCUGAAAAUCCAGAGCGCGAGAAGAGAGGUAGCCGCCGAGGAACAGAAGAUACUCUGGACGAUGACUUGGAUCGGGAGCGCGACAGUCGCGAGCGUCGCCGCACUCAGUCAGGGGACCCGUAUGUGCCUCCGAUCUCUACAAACGUGUCGGCUAGUGCCCCCGGCGCGCAGUUUGCCGCCGAGAUUGGCGCACCGGGAUUCUCGCAAUUCCCCAUGCAAUACGACACUGGGAUGCCAUCCGCCGGCCAUUCUCCAGCGCAUGAAGUUCCGUAUGAUCCGCACGUGCAACAACAAUUCCCCGGCCAAUUCCCAGAGCAAGUUUCUGCCCCGUAUCGGCCGCCUAACCCUGCUGGCGCUGCAGCAGACUACUAUGGUGACCAAGGCCAGUCUGUUGAGCACCAACCCGGUGUUCGACCGGCUCCCCCAAGUGUGCUUCCGAACACGCAAGCUCACUUGAUGGCAGCAUCUCCAUCGGCUAAUCCACCCCCAGAGCCUAGUAGCCUGGGCGAAACUGGUGCGGCGGCGGCCUAUUUUGACGACAACUUCCAUGCUCCGGCACAGCAAGAUCAGCCGCCGACAGUGCCUCCAUUUAAACCAUCGAAACCGUCUAAGCCUUCGAACCCUUCAUCGUCGGGCGUUCCCCCCGCCGCCGCCGUUGGAGCUGCCGCCUAUGGUAUUAGUGGUAUGAUGUCUCACUCUGAGUCGCAUUCCCCUCCGCAGCACACUACUUCGUACACCCAGCAGGGUCAGCCAGUGGUACACGACCACCAGCCAACGGUACAUGACCACCAGCAAAUGGUACAUAACCAGUCAAUGGAAUACCCUCCAUUCAAGCCGUCCCAUUCGCAUAGCUUCAGUGAAGGUGUCGGCAUUGCGGCUGCAGGUGCUGCAACGGGGUACAUGAUAGAUCAUCAUCAUCACCCCUCUAGCCCCGAGCACGAACCUCAUUACGCUUCUCAGCAUUACGAGCAAUCCUCUCAGGCUGGUGGUAUGCCGCCGUAUGCCCCUGGCCCUAGUAAUGCUUUGUAUGCUCCAAGCGCGGGAGGAUACGGUGCUCAUGCUGCCUACAACCCGGGUUACUAUCCUCACGGACCCAGCGCUCUGGCUUUCCAAGAGCGUCAGCGUGGUGCCAUGGGAAGAUUUGUUGAUUUCUGGCGUGACCCUGAGGCCGUUGGAAGAUUUGAGGACUACACGGAAAGUAUAGGUGUGUGCAAAUACUGUUUCCAACCUGGCACGAGCUCCAUCGAUGCUCCUCGCAAGCACCAUUACUACAGAAACCGCCGAUACUCCGCCGACCGGCGGAGCAGUGGGAGCUCCAGAGUAAGCAAAAACAGCCGAUACAACUCCUCUGAAGAUGAGGGCCGCCGACGGUCAAAGUCCAAGCAGUCUUCCUCGUGGUUGCCUGGCAUGCUAGCCGGUUAUGCGACCAAGUCGCUCUUCUCGAGCAAGGAGUUUGACGAUUCUUACAGCCUUCGCUCCGGCCGAGUGCCCUCCUCCCACAGGGAAGAAGAUGACCGAAGGAGCCAUACCUCUCGUGGUGUGACCCGUCGUUCUGGCCGCAGCCCUCACAGAGACUAUCGAGCAGACUCCAAGCAUGCAUCUCAAUCUGGAUAUUCUCGGCACACAAGCUCCCGAUCUAGGUCUUCCUCUUCUGGCCGGCAUUCGUAUCUGAAGGAGGCCGCACUUGGUGCCGCAGUGGGUGGGGCCUCGCUUGCUGGUGCAAAGUCGCGUAACCGCUCCCGCAGUCGUUCUCCUGAAAGACGACAACGCCGAAAGGAUUCAUCUUCAUCAUCGUCCUUUGUUAAUAUUAUCAGGCCCAGCAAGAAGUCCAUCGCUGGUGGAAUCGGGUCUUUCUUCACUUCUUCUUCUGAGAACAGGAAGAAACAUCACACCAAGAAGCGGAGCGGUUUUUUCUCUUUCAAGAGUGGCUCUUCAUCCUCUUCAUUGGACAAUGAUCUUGCCUUCGGACAUAGGCUGCCGAUAAAAUCUUCCAAGCCUAAGAAGAAGGGAAAGAAGGGCCCAGAUGUCGAUGCCGCUUUGCUAGAACUUAGCGACACGGCAAUCCGUUUGGCUGGCUCCUCGCCCCAUGCUCCUGGGCGCACUGCAGGCCAAAUGUACACAGCUCGACCCCGACAAUCUAACUACGCCCACUCUACCACACAGGAUGAAGAAUGGGUCGAUGCUGAGUCAGAGGACCAGUCCUCUUCAAGUGUUAGCUCUGCGCUCGCAUUCGGGGGAAGCAGCGCCGAGUCUUCCUCCGACUCCGCCAGUAGCAAAUGGGGCUGGAGAUGGGGAAGCAAGAAGGACAAGAAGAAGAAAAAGGACAAGCGGUUGAGUGCUACAAAUGCCGCUCUGAUAGCUGGCGCUGGAGCCGCUGCGAUUUCUUCCGCUCGCCACCGUGAUAGUAACCCCCCAAUUAGGCCUGGAAGCCUGCAGCAAGUUUACCCAAUGCCUACUUCCGACCCAUCUCGCUUUGAUGUGGCAUCUGUAUCUGCAGGAGAGCCAACUCUCAUCAGGCCAGGGCCCAUUCCCCUUCAGCAGCCUCAGCCCUUCACCCCAGUCUCCCAAUCAGUGUACACUACCCAGGGAGCUGUUCCGGGGUCGAUCCCCGCGUACAGCGCCCCAGUGGCCCCACCCCUCUUCGCCAAUGAAGUUGAACACUAUGACUCGCAGUGGCAGUUCCAAGGUCCUCGUGAUGCAGCAUGGGCACCAGCAGAAUCAACAUACGCCGACCGCCGCAGAGAUCAUCGACGCAGUGAUUCCUCUCCUGUUUUCCCCACCCAGGAAACUGCUUCCACCCUCAAGCGCCGGUUCACUGCCAAGGAUCAAGCGUCUGUGCAGUUUAAAUUGACGGAAGAGCAAGCAGAGAGGGAACGCCACCUUACUCGUCGCAAUGAGAACUAUCGAGGUGAAGUUGCUGAUCAACCGGUUCAACUGAUUGACCGAGAGGAAGAGCUGGCCCACCAGGAAACCGAGCGUCGAGAGCGACGCCGAAAGGAACGAGAUGAAGAGCGCCUGUAUACCGGCGGCAGAGAAAAUGACUCCUCAUCAUGGGUUGCUGCAGCGGCUGCCGGAGCUGUUGGCGCUGCCGCUGCCAGCACUAUUCUUUCUCGCAAGACAAAUGAUGACGAAGCCUCUGAAGCCAGCCAGCGAUAUAAUGAGCGCCGAGAAAAACGCCGCGCUGAGCGGAAGCGCGAUACUGAUACAGUAGCGGAUGCGAUCGUGUCGCGGUUUGAGCCCACUCAGCCUAUUAACGAAGAAGUGACCACGGGGGAAUACUGCGAAGACCAGAAGAAAGGGUCUCCUCAAUCACCCCGUCCAGCACAGGUUUAUGACGACUACGCCGAAUUUUAUGCCCCCGAGGAGAUACGACAUAGCCCAGAUGAUCAUGCUCGCAGCCGUAGCUCCACUAAUAUGCCCACCAUUGUGGAGAUAAAGCCCGCCAGCGAACGAGGUACACAUGAGGAGCUCGCACCCACAGAGUCAAACUAUUCAUACGAACCCUAUCAAAACGUGGACCGCCUCCCAUGGCGAGUCCCUGGGCUCAACUUAAUUGAGCCAACUCCUCCCCAAAGCGUGAACGGUAGUGCUGUUCGUGACGCUACUUCUCCAACCACCCCUGUGAAUAAGUCUUAUGAUACCAAGCCUCACGAACGACCAACCGGCUCCCGUGUCUCCUGGGGUGAGCACCAAACUCACGAGUACGAAGUCCCUUCUUCUUCUGAGCAGGAUCCUCUUGAGCAUGAUAUUUCCCCUACCGAAAUUUCCGCCAAGGAUGUUCCUCUCCCGGCAUCCAAGAUAUCCCAACCCAAGGAUAUUUCCGGCCCAUUGCAAUAUGGGGCCGAUAUUGAAUUCGCGGCCACAAUUGCUGCUGCGACCGCCGCAGCUGGGUUCGACCCCUCUUUGAUCACAGACGACCCAUCCUACCACACCCGCACUUUCCCUCCCGGGUCGGAGAACGAACACACAUUUACCUCACCCUGUUCUGCAUCGGCUCGCAAGCAGCCCCACGGCUUCGUCGAGGGUGAGGUCGAAGAAAUUGACCCCAAAUCUACUAAGAAUAUCACUUCUACCCCCGAGCACGUGAUCCAGGACAAGGAUGAGCUUUUCUUCGACGAGCCAGAAUCCCUCUUAGGAGAUCAGGAUAGUUCAUCGGGCCGCCGUGACAAGUCCUCAAUUGCGCAGGAGGUCAUUGAGCAGCUGAAUGGUAAAUAUGGCAAGCGCGACCGUACCACUUCCCCUGAAAAAGAUGUAGAUGUCCUCUCGAUGCCUGGUGGCUUUGAUACAGCCAACUCUAUAGACUUAGCCGACGCCAGAUCCGUGGUCUCAGCGCCGGCGCCUGUUAUCAUGGACCCAGAGACCCCGGCCAAGUCCAAGUCUAAGAAGCCAAGGGAGAAGGGCGAUGCCGUUGAUCUCUCCGAGUUCCAAGAGCGGGAAAUCGCCGAGUCUCCUAUUCUGAAGGACGAGACACCGAAGUCCCGCAGCUCCCGGCGUCGCGGCGACGACUUUGAGAUUUAUGAGUCACAGGAGACGUCUCCAUCUCGGGCUGAGACUUAUUCUGUUGUCUCUGCUCCCGUAUCGAAGGAUGAAACAUCCAAGUCUAAGCCCAGGAAAUCCAGAAGGAGUGAUAAUGACUUGGGCAUUGCUGAAUACCUUGAGUCCGUGGCUCCGGAGUCUCGUGAUGAUUCUGUCUCUGUUAUCUCUGCUCCUGUUUCGAAGGACGAGAGGUCCAAGUCCAAGUCCCGCAAAUCUCGACGGAGCGGGGACGAUUUCGCGAUCUACGAGUCACGCGAACCAUCUGAAUCUCGGGAUGAUAUUCGCUCGGUUACCUCUACUCCCAUCGGCAAAGAGUACGUGUCAACCAAGUCAGGGAAACCAAGACGCGGUGGUGAUGAUUACGAGCUCCCUAGAUCGCAAGAGAUCUCCGAAUCUCGUGACGACAACCGGUCUGUCUUCUCUGCACCUGUCUCGAAAGACGAGACCAGCAAAUCUCGCCGGUCUCGACGUAGUGGUGAUGAGUUUGAUAUCUCCCGACCAAGGAAUGUCUCUGAAUCAGCGAAGUCUAGAAAGUCUCGUCGCAGUGGCGAUGAUUUCGAUCCACGUCGUGAUGCCGAAGCGGCUUCUGAUGACGCGGAAGGUGACGAUGAAAAAAGAGACGUCGCAAGCGUCGAUCCAACCGUGAAAGUGACACCUUACGACAAGUCUGAGCGCCGCAAGCAUCCCCACCGCUCAUCCCGUGAAACUAACAUCGAUGACAAUGCCUCUAUAACCUCUUCUCCAGCUCAGGUUGACGAAUCCCUGGAGAAGCGCCGUGGCAAGGAUAAGAAAGAAAAGAGUGCAGGCUUUUUGCGAAGUGUCUUUGGCUCACAAGUCUCGGCCCCAGCUGAGAAUAUUCGGCCUGACCAUUCUCGCUCUUCUUCUUUAGAUAAGCGCUCAUCCCGCGAAGCGAUAUCUGAAGCUGGUGUGGAUGAUGAACGCCGUCGCCAUAAGAAGCACCGCAGCUCUAGCAAUGCUGAUGAGCUAGGUCCUUACAUGUCGGACAAGGAGAGGAGUACUCAGGACGACACAAACCUGAAGGAGUACAGGUCUAGUAGACAGCAAAAGGAAGAGCGGCGUCUUCAUCGAUAUGAGGAAAUCGUGGAUUCGGGAAGGAAACGGGAAUCCGAGAAGGACGGAUAUAGUGCCAACUUCGACGAUCAAUUCUUUCUAAGGAAGCGCCCGGAUAUUCUAGCCGCGGAUCAGCGUGAAGAUCAUGGUGCUUCGUGGCUUCCAGCACCAGCGGUUAGCGCAGCUGUUGUAGCUGCAGGAUCAGAACUGAAUGAGAUCCCGCAGCAGAGGCCCCGGAGCCAAUCCACCUCUCCCCCAGCCACAGAGAGGACACUUGACUUGACCCCGAAGUCUCUGAGCCGCCCCGCUUCACCUGGAACAGGCCGCCCCCAGGAGUCCCCAUUCCCCAAGCAACGCCGACACUCCGUGGCUAAGUCCACCACUGAAUCGCCGACAGCCGUCCCUCUCCACUUCCGCCGUCCCCCAACUUCCCCAGGCCUCUCGCGCGCAGUCCCCGUUGAACAACCCUCCCCCACCGCCUCCCCAGGCUCUCCAAGCCAGCAACGCAACCGCCGGCCUGCAUCGGUCGAGUUUCGAAACUCGCGCGAGAUACGCCCUCUAUGGCUCGUCGAGCGCCACAGUUUGAUCAAGGGUGAGCCUGAGACUGAGGAGCCCUUGCCAUCGCUCCCAUCUAGCAAGACUUCCUCCCGAGCCCCGUCAGUAGAGGACCUAAAAUCCCUUCGCGAAGAUGACGGCAUUAAGAGCUGGGAGCAUGUAGAUCUGAGCCACUCAAUCAUGGAGAACCAGCGGCCGACUGGUCUGAUGAUUUCAACUGACCAAACCAACGAGAGUCAUGAUAGAGACCUUGAUCUCCUCGGCUCGCAGCAGGCCACGCCCACUGCUGAACACUUCCAGCACGCGGAGCCCAGGAAGGAAAGGCCCAGAUACGAAUUUCACUCCCCCUCUGAGCUCCUGCGGGACCCCGCUGUUCUGGACGAGUUGCCUCCGUCACCUACACUGGACAUCCUGCCUUCAGUAGAGGGCUCCCUUGUUGGUGUUGGCUUUAGGGAGCAAGAAACGCAGCGUGCGCUUGAUGCUCUUGAGGGCGUAUCUCGCCCUCAGCCUGAGGCGGAAACUCCCGCCCAAGAACGUAAUUCGUCCUUCAGCAGCGCUGCAGAUUUCGCCAAGGGCGCUGGCUUUGCCGGUGUUGUCGAUGCAGCUGCCGUUGCCGUUGCCGUUGCCAGGGAGCAUGACGAGUCUCGCUCCUUACCUGCAGAUGAACCCACUAAGACACAUGACUUCGGUGAUAUUGUCGAUGCAGCGGUUGCCGCUGACGGUUCCUCUGACGACCAUGGCAAGGCCCUUAUCAGCGAGGAGACGCUCAUUGAGCCCGUCCCUGCCACCGAAGAGAAUCACUCCGCUGACAAUGAGUCCGUGCACCCAGAUAUGGAGGCAGCCAAGGAAGUCGAUCCUGAAUCGACUGAACACCUUCAGUCUUCCAAUCUUCAAACUCAACCAGAGACUGAAGUGGCCCCCGAUAAGAAUGUGGCUACUCAAUCUCCUAAGAAGAGAAACAAGAAGAAGAAGGGCAAGAAGAAUCAGGCCCAAGAUGCGGAUCUGGUAGCCUCCGAGGAACCGGCCGAUCAAGAGAAUUUAUCCAAGAAGUUGGUGCAGGACCCUGCUGAAGUGCCUGUGGCUGAAGCUGUUACUGCUGAGCCUAAGCUUGCUGUCACUGAGCAAUCCGAGGCUGAGUAUGUUGAGGUACCCCACGAGCCUAGGCCUGGGCUUCAGGUUGAUGAGCCUGCAGUCGAAGCUGCUCCUGUUGAGUUAGCCCCUGUCCGGACUGCUCCUAACCUCGAGGUUGCGAUUCCUAAGCAAUAUGAGGCUGAGCUUGCCGAGGUAUCCCGCGAGCUUAAGCCCGCGCUUGAGGUUGAUGAGCCUGUGGUCGAAGCUACUCCUCUUGAGUCUGCGGCCGUCGAGAACGAUUCUGUUAAGUCCGAUGUUGCUAUUCCUGAGCAACCUGAGGCUGAGCCUAUGGUUGAAACUACUCCUCUUGAGUCCGUAGCGGCCGAGAGUGCUCCUGUUAAGCACGAUGUUACUAUUCCCGAGGAAGCCGAGGCUGAGCCUAUCGAGGCCUCUCGAGAGCUUGAAAUUGAGCCUUUGGUGACAACGCCUGAAGUUGGCACGGCUCCUGAAUCCGAGGCUACCCAGGACACCGCAUCAUCGACUAAAAAGGCUAAGCGUGACAAGAAGAAGCAGAAGAAGAAAUCUAAAAGUGCGUCUACUUCUGACGAGCCUGCAGGUGAUACUGUCCUUCCUCGGCCCCAUGAUGUUACCUCUGCCUCCAAGCAGAGUGAGGGCGAGCAGCAAGACAUAGGUCUUGCUGCCGAAGAGAUUCAAGCACCGCCCUUGCCCGAGGAUAUUGCUCCUUCCACUGAGAACACCUCUGACCACACUGUGAUCAAAUCUGCUACCACUGAUGAAGAGCAAGGUCGAAGCCAGCAGGAAUCCGGAGAGCUGGUUGAGCCUGUGGAACAUGUGCCUAGCGAGGAAUCUGUUCUACCUGUUUCCGAAGAUCCCAGUUUGCCGGAGCCUGCUUUUACUGACGCCAACGAAAGCUCAAUUGCCGGUGCCACUCAACCAGAAGUGGAGGAAAUAUCCCGCAGCCUGGAAGAGAUUGAUAACCCAUCUACUCCAGAGGCCCCAGUCGAUAGCACCACGCCUGAAAUUCCCCAAACACCCAAAGAAGACACCGAAGGCGAAGACAACUUCGAAGAGGCCGUUGAAGAACAUACUCCACAGCUCGCCGAGGAAAAGGAGCCUGCAACGGAACCUCGCAUCGAAGUGGCUGCACAUGACCCUGUAGACGCAUCAGAAACAAAGGCAGAGAAGCGGAAAAGCAAGAAAAAAAAGAAUCGCAAAUCCCCUGCUGUCGAAGAAACUCGCGAGACUGAAUCCCAGUUAGAAAUCCAAGAGCUUGAACCUGAGCAAUCAGCUGGUGCCGAUCCUGCGGAUACCCGAUCCCCUCCAAUUGGCGGUGAAGCCUUACCUUCUGAUCCUGAACAUCUUGAACAGCCCUUCGAAACCACCAUUGAGGAGCCUGCAGCUGCCCAAGAGCAGAAGCAAGUUCCAUUGGAGGCCACUGUGGAUGUAACACCUGUUGCAACCGAGCCAGUGGGCCCCUUGGAGCCACCUGAUGAACUGUCACAGCCAAUUGCCAUCGAGGUUCAGCCUAGCGCCGAAAUCCUGGAUCCUGCUGAGGAGGGUCCUGACGAAAUCUCACAGCCUUCUACUGUUGAGACUCAACCCGAAACCGAAGUUCAAGCCGAGCCCGAAGUCGCCUUUACUACGGCCCAAAAGAAGAAGGGCAAAAAGAAUAAGAAGAAGGGCAAGCAGAGUGAAUCUUUCAUUCCUGACGACGAGAAGUCUGCUGAAUCUACCUCGCCGGUACCUGAGAUUGAGGCUGCCACUAAGGAUAUAGCCAAGAAAGCUCCUCUUGUCAUAGAAGACGCACUGUUGGAUGCGCCUCCCCAAGAGAGCGAGAUAGGGCUGCCCGUCAAGUUCGAACAAUCGCUUGGGCCCGAGCCACUUCCCGAGGCUGAGCUACUUUCCGAGGUUAUGCCGCCCGAGGAAGAAGCUUCUUUUGACCCCCUUCCGCAACCAGCGAUACAGGCGACAGAGGCAGAGAUGCCUAAAGAAGAGCCCAUCGCACCCGAGGAGCAGCCCAAAGCCGAAGAAUCUCCUGCCGAGCCAGAGGCUCCUAUGACCGCUGCGGAGAGAAGGAAAGCCAAGAAGGCGAAAAAGAAACAGCAAAAGGAGCAGGAAGAGAGCAUUGGUUCCAUUGUCAAGCCCGUUGAUGCUGUACCUGCGUUCGAUGCCGAACCCGCUGAUCCAAGCAGGGAUAUUGCUCCAACUGCAGAAAUUGAUGACGCUGUUCCAGCCGACUUCUCUGGACCGGUUUCUUCCGAGCAUGCUCAGGCUGAACAGGAGGUUGCGCCUACACUUACAGAACCCGAGGCAGCUCCAUUCACCGAUGAUACUCUUCUGCCCGGCGAUACCGAGACUAACGAGGCAAUGAAAGACAUCGAGCCCCCCGCUGAGGCUAAGCCCUCGAUAGAAGACGCUGCCCCGUCGUUUGAGAUUGAGCCCACCGAAGCUCCCGCUAAUGUUCCACUUGUACCGGAAGAAGCCACCGCUCCCGUCGAUAUGCGCCAAGACUAUGAACAGCAAGACGAUGUUGUCAAGGCAGAGGAGCCGAAGAGCGAGGAUGUGACUCCAGUGCCCACCGAAGAGGCCUCGGCAAAUUCUCCAGAGACCGAUGCCCCCAAGACACAUGAAAAGUUUCCUGAAAUCGAGGUCCCAAUGACUGCUGCCGAGAGGAAGAAGGCCAAGAAAAACAAGAAGAAGCAGCAAAAGCAAGAGUCUGUGCAGCUUGAAGAGAAGCCUACGCCUGAGAAUAAGCCUACUUCUACCGAGGAGAAGAGUGGCGAACAAUUUGGCAACAUUUUGCCUGACCGUGAGGCCACAACUACUGCAAAAGCCGUUGCAGGCCUUGAUGAGCCUACAGAACCCGAGGCAGCCCGUGACCUUGAAGCUGAGACCAAGCCUGGAGAGGAACAAGCUCCGGAUGUGCCAAUCCUCGAUUCCGAACUUGCUCCCGAGACACCCGCAGACAAGAUUAUUCCUAUACCGGAGAUUGCUGAACUAGCUAUUGAUCUUCAAAAUGACGACAAAGAAAGCGGCCUAGAGCCUACAGUUGAGGUUCCCGCUCCCAUGGAAGACCCCCAGAAAGAGCAAAAGCUUGAUUCGGCCGUCGGCGAGGAGCCUGUUUUAGACAAGUCUCUCGAAGACGAGCCCACAGAGUCUCCACCAGAGCCUGUUGUGGAGGAGAUUCAGUCUACGGAAUCCACAGAAAAUCCAGUGGUGGAGGAGGCUGAAGGUGAACAGACGGCAUCUUCUUCUAAGUCGAAGAAGAAGAAUAAGAAGAAGCGCCAAUCACUUGCCGCUGAGGAAGAGCAGCCUGUACCCGCCGACGAAGAGUCUAAGGCUGCCCCUGCCGAAGAAAAGAAUAACCUCGCAUCCCUGGAAGAGAAGCCUAUGCCUAUGCUAGCCGAGAGUGAAUCCAGCGAGCCCGCGCUAUCUAAAGAGCUUGAACAGCCUUCACACGAUAGAGACACGGAGCCUGUUAUUGUGGUCGAAGAGCCCUCUCCAGAAGAAACCACGCAGCUAGAGGCUGCUACGGAUGUAGCCGCCACCGAGGCCGCUGCAGAGGCCUUAAUGACUCCUGCUCAGAAGCGCAAGGCUAAGAAAGACAAGAAAAAGCGGCAAUCAAUUGCCGCUCAAGAGCAGCAGUCUAUACCGACCGAGGACGAGUGCAAGGCUGUUCCCACCGAGGAAGAGGUUAAAAUUAUACCCACCGAAGAGGAACCUACACCUGUGCCUACUGAGUGCAAAUCUACCGAACCCAUAUCAUCUCAGGAGCCUGGGCAGACUUCUCCCAAUAAAGAUACAGAGUGUCCCAGUUUGACGGAAGAGGCGCCUAAGGCCGAAGAGCCCUCCUCGGAAGUCACAGCACAGGCAGAGACCCCUUCCGCCGGCACUGAGACCGCUGAAGAGGCAUCAAUGCCUCCUGCUCAGCAGCUGAAGGGUAAUAAAGACACGAAAAAGCGGCAAUCAGUUGCCACUCAAGAGCAGCAGCCUAUACCGACCGAGGACGAGGUUAACAUUAUACCUACCAAAGAGGAACCUACACCUGUGUCUACUGAGUGUAAAUCUACCGAACCUAUAUCAUCUCAGGAGCCUGAGCAGACUUCUCAAGAUACAGAGUGUCCUAUUGUGACGGAAGAGGCGCAUAAGGCCGAAGAGCCGUCCUCGGAAGUCACUGCGCAGGAAGAGGUCCCUUCCGAUGCAGCCGGCACUGAGACCGCUGAAGAGGCAUCAAUGACUCCUGCUCAGAAGCGGAAGGCCAAGAAAGAUAAGAAAAGGCACCAACUAGUUCUUGCCGAAGAGGAACAGUCCGUGCCUGUUGAGGGGUUUAGGUCUGAACCAGUCGAGAAAGAGGUCACACCUACACCAGCCGAUGAGAAGCCCACUCUUGAACUGGCUCAGGCAGAGCUCACUGACCCUAUGCCGACUCAGGGAACCGAACAACUUGCGGGGACUUCUAUUAUGGCAGAAGAAACGCCUGAGGCCGAAGAUCCCUCUGUCGAAGAGGUCGCGCAGCAGGAUCUCCCUACCCAUGCAGCCGCCACCGAGGCCUCUGAAGAGGCAUCAAUGACUCCUGCUCAAAAGAAGAAGGCGAAGAAAGAUAAGAAAAAGCGCCGAUCCGUUGUCGCCGAAGAGGAACAGCCCAUACCUGCUGAGGUGCCCAAGCUUGAAUCCGCCCAGGAAGAGCCCACUGUCGAGAAAGAUGCGCAGAUUCCUGUUCUGACAGAAGACGCGCCUAAGGACGAAGAACCCCCCCUCGAAGACGUCACGCAGCAGGAUACCCCUGCUGAUGAAGGUGCUACCGAGGGCACUGCGGAGGAGACAAUGACCCCCGCGCAGAAAAAGAAGGCCAAGAAAGACAAGAAAAAACAACGCAAGUCUGUUGCUUUUGACGACGAUGCUACUCCGAUCGAAGGGCCCAAGCCAGGUCAAGAUUUAUCUACACCUGAAGACAAGGUUGAACCUCAGGAUGCUCCGGCUGACUUGGUUGUCUCUGGAGAAUCAGCCGAGGAGUUGCCAGUGGCCGAAGAAACCACCAAGUCUGCUGCUAAAGGGGAAAUUUUAGAGAAGAUAGAAGAACUCGCUUCCUCUGAACAAAGCAAGGAGAUCACCGACCAUGAACUAGUCUCAACUGCUGCGCCCGACACCCCGGUUUCUACUGAAAUCGAGUUGCCAGAGCAGCCGGAACAAUAUGCUCAGCCUCCCUCGGAGCCCCAGUCACCUAGUGCACAAGAGCCCGAAGUUGCCUUGACUACGGCGCAAAAGAAGAAGGCGAAGAAGAAUAAGAAGGGCAAGUCUGUGGACUUAGCUGACAACGCCCCUGCUGCCACAGACGCAGCGCAGGAAUCUGAUCCUAAAUCCGAGCUUAUUGUUCAGACUUCCAUCGAUACUCCGGCUGCGACCCCGGAGUUGCAAGAUAAUCCAGCCUCUGAGCCAGUACAGCUCGCAGAGGGUCUCGAGCGUGGAGAUACCAUUGACGCCGAGGCUCCCAAGGCCGAGGAAGUCGAGCCAACAGAAGCCGUAUCCGACGCUUUGCCGAAAGAGGAAACCGCUGGCGUCAAGGAGACCGACAACGAACCUCCGGGGACUGAAGAAAUUGUCGAUGCUAAGGCAACUCCCUCCGAAGAACCAGAGGCCGGUGCCCAUUCUUCUGCCGACCUGAACGAAGAAGCUGGUAUGUCAACCAGGGAGCGACGCAAAGCUGCCAAGAAAGCAAAGAAACGCCAGUCGAAGAAUGUCGACACCGAUAAAGACGUUGCAACAUCCGAUUCGCCUUUUGCCCCGGGAACCGAGCCUGCUACACCCAUUGAAGCGACCAACAGCGUCGAAAAAGUCCUCACCUCUACAGACACAGACGUCCCUGGACUUUCGGCCGUAUCGGCACCCUCGCCUGCGCAACAUGACGGUAAAGAACAUCAGUCCCACGACUUACAAACUUACGACGCCACGGCGCAAGAUACGGCCUCGACUGAUAAAUACGUGUCUUCGCAGGUAGAGCAGACGCCGACAGAGAGUCCUUUUUUAGAUUAUCCUCCCCAACCCGUGCUUGAGCGUUCAGUUGAUUCCGGCGAGUUGGUGGAGGGAAAUGAUCAGCAGAAGCGCGAUGUUGCCCUUGCUGCACAUGGACGGGAGGAGGAGAUGGUUGAGCCUGCAUCUCUUGAGGAAAUGAAGGAAGUGAAUGAUGGUGAGAAUGUUGAGGAGAAAUCGUCUAUGCCGGAAUCAGGUGAUAUCUCAAUGAAGAAAGAAAUUGAAGAGACGUCUGUGGAUGUGCCCAUUGAUGCUGUCCCUGAGGCACAGACACAAGAGUCUCGUGUGGGGGUGGCUUCUAAGACAGCUGGCUCGAAGAAGCAGAAAAAGAAAAAAAACAAGCAAGAAGAGGAAAUUGCAGCUCCUGAGCGCGAGACCUAUAUUACAGAGGACAGGGAGCAGCCUGAAGCUGCGCCUUUGGUUGAGGGCGAGCAUCAGCCGGCGAUAAAGGAAAUCACUGAGCCUGAGCCUAUUGCCGAGGCCGAACUAGUGCUAUUCCCAGAGAAGCAACCGGGAGAUCACUCACAUGACAUCGAAGAGAUUGUCGCUGGCCAGAAAACCGAGGACGUUGAUGAAACCAAGGAUAUUAGUAUUCCACAAGUCGAGGCCGUUGCUCCUCCCAGUGAAGCGACCACGCAGCCAGAGGCCGAUGCAGUCGCCGAGUCCGCUGAAGAGGCGCCAAUGACUCCUGCUCAGAAGCGCAAGGCUAAGAAGGACAAGAAAAAGCAACGCCAAUCAAUCCUUGCUCAAGAAUCCGAACCUGGGCCCCAGGCUGAAGAACAGACAGCACCUGAGGCGGCUGGAACUUCUCUCCAAGAAGCUGAGAUUGCAACGGAGUGGGUACCUGCCGAAGUUAUCACGCAAGAUGAGGCUUCUACUAGCCCAGAUAAGCCUACAGUGCAGCCUAUUGAUGUCACCGAGGAGGCCACCAAGAAUCUUGUAACGCCUUCUCAACAUACCGAACAGCAUGUUCCAAACCAAGAAAUCGAAGGUGGAGAUAGCUCUUUCGAUCUCUCUUCCACCGAGCCGAAGGUCGAGGAGGGAGACAAGUCGCCCGAGGAAGCUUCUGGAACCCCGGCGGACGAGCAACCUAGCGAACAAGCGCCGCCUGAACCUGCCCCUGAGCCCGACGGGGAAUCGGCAACUAUCGCUAAGAAUAACAGCAAAAAAGAGAAGAAGAAGGCCACGGCCGCUGCUACUACUGCUGCCACCGCCGCCACCCCUUUCGAGAAAGAAUACCCACAAUAUCCUGAGGAGCCCUCGACGAUCACGCCUGAAGCUCUAGAGUUGGUGGCAGAGCAACCUAUCGUCCAAGGGCAGCAGCAGCCUUCAGAGACUGAGGACAAGCCUCGGUCUGAUGCAGAAAAGAGCCUAGACGAAACAACAGAAUUCACAACUUCUGAGCCGAAAGAAGAUGUUUCGGAGCAGCCUGUUGAGGCUCUCGAUUCUGUUAAACCUCUCGAAUCCGAGGUAAGGCCGGAGCAGUCUACAAAAGAGCUAGCCCAAGAAUCAGCGGCCAUCAAUACUAUUACUAGGAAAAUGUCAAAGAAGGACAAGAAAAAUGCCAAGAAGAAAGCCAAACAAGAAGUAAUUGAGCCGGCUGUUUCUCCUACCAAGGAUCAUGUUCCUACCGCCGCGACUGCAACUGCAGAAGCUGCUCCUGAACCAGAGGUGACUUUUGAGGAGACCUCAGCGGAGGUUGUUCCUGCCAUCGAGUCUGCAACUACCGAGGCUGAUAUUGAACCGGAGGCGACACUUGAAAAAAACCCAACUGUUUCUGAGCCUGAGUCCAUUUCCCCGGAAGAAACCCAGGUGGCUCCGAAUCACGAGCCUGAAAACACCGAAACGCCGGCUCUUAGGGACUUUAGCAUCGUAUCAGAUAACAAGCAACUUUCAGAAAGCAAGAAAGAUGAACUUGUCUCACCCAUGGAACCCACUGACCCAGAUACCAACAAUGAGCCCCUUCAUCUCGAGGAUCCUGCUGAGAAGAACGACCAAGAUUAUGAAGCACACGUUGGGACUGAUGCAGACCUUGAGAAAAGAGCUGAUCUCAAAGUCGUCGAGGAUCAGCCUGGAGAAUAUGAAGUGAUGCCGCCUCUGUCCAAGAAGGUGUCAAAGAAGGAUAAGCGGAAGGCCAAGAAGAUCGCCGGCAUCACCGAAGAAGUCUCGACUCAACAACGGGAAGAGCCUCAGGCCGAUGUGGCUGAGUUACCCACGGAAUCUGAGAUACAGCCGACAGAGCCUGUUGUGGAACCGGAGAUUCCCAAGGAACUGGAACAUGCUGCAGAACCUCACCCUGCAUUGGAGCGAGGGCCGUCAACUGAGGCUCCCCUACUAAUUGAGGAUCAGCCUGUAUCCGGGUCUGAAGUUCAGGUUGAGCCUAUGCAACCCGAUGAAGAGGCCGUCGUUAGCGAGGAACUUCCUCUGUCACGUAAGGCCUUGAAGAAAAAGGCAAAGAAGGCCCAAAAGUCCAAAAAGUCCCUGGACACUGAGCCACCGGCUAAAAUUCCGAUUGAAGCAGAUCAGCAUGCCACCAUUGUGCCGUUUGAAGAUAAGAACCAGGACACAGAAGCGCCUGGUGAAAAGUCGGCUAAUGACGAAGACUGGCCGUCGAUUGACUGGCAAGCCAAAUUUGAAGAGUCCCAGCGAUCAAGGGAAGAGGAGCCUGAACCUGAGCCGGACAUUCGACCUCCAGGGGCUGAGAUUAUAGGAGAAUAUGUUGAUCCUUCAUUCCCCGAAGUUUCGCGAGAUGCAAACGAAGCUGCGGAAGAAGAUAAUUGGGCUUUGCCAGCGAGCAAAAAAGACAAGCUGCAGUCACACCAAGCCGCUUCGGAAGCCCAGGAGGCUUCACUGGGUCCCUUUAACGACAAAGAGAUUGAGCCACCUACUCGAACAACUACUCCAGGUGGAUCUAAGAUUGCCAACUUAUUUCCCGACCUCGAGCGUGCGGGAUUCCGACGAUCAGCUUUGGACCAGCAAACACCGUCGCUAAAAGAUAGUGCUGAGGAAGAGACAAGAGCGGACUUGGAAGCGAAUCGCGAUAUCGCGACCCCUGUCUCUGAAGCACCCCUAGCGACCACUGAAACCAAAAGAAUUGGCGAUGAUUUCACCUCUGACCUGCCUAGCAGUCUCGAAAGACAAAUUGAGUCUACAAUCUCGGACUUGAAAGCUCAAUCCGAAAGUCCUGCUGCCACGGAGGAUGAAUCAAUCAGGGAGCCCGAACUUCCGACGCAUGGCGAAAAUUCCUUAGAUGCGCCAUUGCCAUUGUCAAUGGAACCCUCCAGUGACCGGAAUCGUACCGAGGAACCUUCUUCUCCUACGCGCCUUCCGCCCCAGGCGGAAGCCGGAGAGGAACUGUGUGAGCCACGCCGAUCACCAUCAAUCCAUGGACGGCACCAGCAUACACCCAAAACAUGGAGUUUGGAAGAACCGCCUCUACAAGCUCUCCAUCCCAUUUCCCCUCCUCGGUCGCUCUUCGGAGGACCGACUGACGAUUAUGUGCGACCCCGGACUCCGCUUGAUACAAUCGCGGAACAAGAACCACGAGAUGGCCAGGGAGCGCCCAUGGCUCAUCGCGGGACGCCCCGCCUGGAGAUGAAGCCCGAGCAUGUCUUACCUCGACCUCAGACACCCGUCCGGAAGUUUACAGACAAUGCCUUUGAUCGAGAGGCUUGGCCUACAGAAAACCAAAAGGGCGGGGGUUCAAAACCCGAAAUUCCAAAAACGCCUGAGCAAGGGAUAUCAAUUCUGAAACCCAGCACCAGCAGCGGUAAAUUACGUCGUACAAAUCGCAGUGUUAGUGGCGAUCUGCGGGCGGCUAGUCGAGCGCUAGAUUCCCAGCCUUCGAAUCUCGAUCUCGAUCAGGUCCCGUCUUCCUCCUCUUACGACCCCGUCACCGACAAGGGCAAACGUCCCCUGCGAAGUAUGUCGGAUGUCUAUGAGGGAUGGGGUGAGACGCCCAACUCCCCACGGUCGCCCAGCCGACCGCCUAGUGUCCGUCGCCGUCGCAGCAUGCAACAUUUGCAAGACAUUGAAACCCGCCUCGACCAGCUCAUCUCUGAAAACCGUCUACUGAUCGCUGCUCGCGAUGAAGCUGAAGAUAAGCUUCGGAAUACCAGCGUCGCUCGUCGAAAGAGCGACCGUGCCCUUAACACCCGCGACGGCGAUCUGCGCGAUCGGGAAUCGGAGGUGGAACAAUUGAAGAACUCGGUGGAAUGGCUGCAGAAGGAGAUGACUCGUCUGACCCAAGAGAACGAGGGACUGACGGCAUCCAACUCUGCUCUCGCCGCCGCCCACGCAGCCGAGGUCAACACCCUACGCGAGUCGUCCAUGCGCGACCUUGCCGACUUACAGUUGCGACACACUCAACUCUCGUCCCAGAUGGAGGAUCGAGUUCGACAAGAGAUUGAGUCGGCUCUUGCACAAAAAGAUGUUGAAUUGCGCCGUCUGCGCACCGAACUUGAGGUGGCCCGCGAUAAGGUGAAGGAGCUCCAACAACAAAUCGCAGCCUCGGUACAUGACAAUGCCCUUGUCUUCCGGGAUGAAGAGUACUUCGAUGCUGCCUGCCAGAAGCUGUGUGGCCAUGUCCAAUCUUGGGUCGUGCGCUUCUCUAAGCACAAUGAUAAGCGUCGCUGCCGCCUACUUAGUGAGUUGCAGGACGAAAAGAUCGCAGACCGUUUUGACAAUGCCCUCCUCGACGGCUUCGAUCCCGAUGCCUACCUAUCUGAUCGUGUCCGCCGCCGUGAUGUCUUUAUGUCGGUGGUCAUGACGAUGGUUUGGGAAUACAUCUUCACCCGCUACCUUUUCGGCAUGGACCGGGAGCAACGUCAAAAGCUCAAGUCUCUUGAGAAACAAUUGGGCGAGGUUGGUCCAACUCGUGCUGUGCAUCGCUGGCGAGCUACCACUCUCACACUGCUGUCCCGGCGACCGGCCUUUGCUGCGCAACGUGAGAGUGAUACGGAGGCUGUUACUCUGGAAAUCUUCCAAACCCUAUCGCAGGUCCUCCCUCCGCCGUCUCAUGUUGAAUCCCAGCUCCUGGAUAACCUCCGCAAGAUCAUGCGGGUAGCAGUCAACCUUUCCUUGGAAAUGCGUACCCAGCUGGCUGAAUUCAUUAUGCUACCGCCUCUGCAGCCUGAAUAUGAUACAAAUGGCGAUCUUGCACGCCAAGUGUACUUCAACGCAGCCCUGAUGAACGAGCGCAGCGGUCUGACGAACGACAACAGCGAGCUCGAAGCCCAACAGUCCAUUGUGCGCAUCGUGCUCUUCCCUCUCGUUGUCAAAAAGGGCAAUGAUGUAGGCGAGGGUGAUGACGAAGUCGUCGUCUGCCCUGCCCAGGUCCUCAUUGCCCGCCCUAGCAAAGACAAGAAAGUAUCAAAGAUGAUGAGCGGUGACCGCAUGUCCAUCGAUGCUUCCAAGUCGGUCCACAGCAUUGUUCAAAGUGUUACUCACAGUGUGGCACCGUCAUCUAUGAUGGACAUGAGCAAUGUGAUCUGA